AGUCCCCAUUGGAGGAGAUCAAAGAAUUUAAUAUUUAAUGUUGCAUUAACAUUAAACUCGGGGUCUGUGCAGUGAGCGCGCGCGGUGCCUCCUUCUUUUUCUUCUUCUUUUUUUUUUUUUUUUUUAAAUCGCUGCCAUGGAGACGAGCGCGCGCCGUUUCAUCUGCUGGCGGAAGUCCUGUUACCACUGAGAGCGCUGCCUUUUGUUCGGUGGAGCUGUGCGGGGAGAUUCGGUCUCGGUGUGUGUUUGUGUUUGUGUUUUUCCCUGUCGGAGGGGAAGGUCGGAGUAGAAGGUCGGAGUUGGCUCAUGGCACCGCACAAGCCCGGCUCGGAUCCGUAUAGAUCCGCCAAAACAUACGCGCCCCCAGCCCACGCCAGCAGCCUGUCUAUGAACGCUGCCAAGAGACCCAAAAUGGAGCAGCUCCAAGCCGACCACGAGCUCUUCCUACAGGCCUUCGAAAAACCGACUCAGAUAUACCGAUUCCUUCGCACGAGGAACCUCAUGGCUCCCAUUUUUCUGCACAGGACCCUCACGUACAUGUCCCACCGCAACUCAAGAGCCAGUGGCAAAAGAAAAGAUUUCUGCAUGGACAAUCUGCUCCUCCAAGUGGAGAGGAUGAAAACAGAGCAGGAGGCGCACAAUUUGGCAUCACACCUGCAGCUCACCUUCACCGGCUUCUUCCAUAAAGUCGACAAGACGCAGAACUGCGAGAACGAGGAAAGCUCCGUGUUGCUAGAGGUGUUGCUCAUCAAAGUGUGUCAUAAGAAGAGAAAGGACGUGAGUUGCCCCAUCAAACAGGUGCCUACAGCGAAGAAGCAGGUUCCUCUGAACCCGCGGGGGAAGACGGGCGCAGGGCCGACCAUCACGGUGCCCAGUCAGGAGUUUGAACCCAGCAACAGCCACAUGGUCAAGUCUUACUCUCUACUCUUCAGGGUCACAUGUUCUGCAGGGAGGGAGAUCAGCACCCGGGACAACAACGUUGCUGACGAGAUCCCCGGCAGAAAGAAGCGUUACACCUCCCACCGAGAUGAUGGCGAAACAACUUUUGUAGCACAGAUGACUGUGUUUGAUAAGAACAGGCGACUGCAGCUGCUGGACGGGGAAUAUGAAGUGUCGAUGCAGGAAAUGGAGGAGUGUCCCGUCGGCAAAAAACGAGCCACUUGGGAAACCAUUGUGGAUGGAAAGUGGGUCCCUCCAUUCGACACGUUCUCUCACGGCCCGAAUCUGCAGUUCACGCUUCGCUGGACAGGCGAGGAAAGUGACAUCACCACGCCGCCAUUGACCCGACCUCUUGCGACACGCAACACACACACAAGCGGCAGCGACAACCUGAAGACUAGCGCACCGAAACCGUCCCAAACAGUAGCUGUUAAAGAUCCCGUAACCUCGGAUGCACACUUGCGGAGAGAGCAGCUGCACGUCGAGCCUCGGCAGAAACUCCGCGUUUAUUAUCAGUUUUUGUAUAACAAUAACACACGGCAGCAGACGGAGGCUCGAGACGACCUGCACUGUCCCUGGUGUACGCUCAACUGCCGCAAACUUUACAGCCUCCUCAAACACCUCAAGCUCUCUCACAGCCGCUUCAUCUUCAACUAUGUGCCUCACCCUAAAGGAGCGAGGAUAGACGUGUCUGUGAACGAGUGUUACGAUGGAUCCUAUGUCGGAAAUCCUCACGACCUGCACUGCCAGCCUGGCUUCGCCUUCAGUCGCAACGGUCCUGUUAAACGCACCUGCGUCACACACACCCUUGUCUGCAGGCCCAGACGCACCAAUCCGAGUCUCUCCGAGUUUCUGGAGUGUGACGAGGUCCCGCUGGAGCAGAGGAGGCCAUUAGUGAGCGGCCACAACCGUCUGUACUUCCACAGUGACAGCUGCAUGCCUCUGCGUCCCCACGAGAUGGAAGUAGACAGCGAGGACGAGAAAGACCCCGAAUGGCUGAGGGAGAAAACGGUCAUGCAAAUCGACGAGUUUACUGACGUCAACGAAGGAGAGAAGGAGGUGAUGAAACUGUGGAACCUUCAUGUAAUGAAGCAUGGAUUUAUAGCUGAUAAUCAGAUGACUCAGUCCUGCAUGCAGUUUGUGGAGAACUACGGCAAUGUCGUCGUUGAGAAAGACCUGUGCCGGAACUUCCUGCUUCAUUUGGUCAGCAUGCACGACUUCGGCCUGGUGAGCACACUGACCAUCGACAGGGCCAUGGCUCGUCUGCGCCAGCUCAAACCGGCCCAGGAAAAUGGCAUCAAGUCAGCAGAACGCACCUGAAACUCAAAAACGUUACAGUCUUAACCAGACGACAGGAGCUGCGAGACCUCUGGAUGCCAGAUAAUUUGUUUUUAACCAUAAAUCAAGAAAGCCAUUGGAGCUUAUGAACUACGUUUUUCUUCGAAAUAAACGUGGGUGCUAUUUUUGUA